GUUCCAUCAUGCCUUGUACCCCUGAAGCUGUUGAUGUAUUAAGGAAAGCCAAUGUUGUAGUUGCUCCAGCAAUGGCUGCUGGUGCAGGAGGGGUCGCUGCUGGAGAACUUGAAUUAAACCAUGAGUUCAAUCUAAUGCAAUGGUCCCCUGAAGACUUUGAAUCUAAGUUACAGGAUGCCAUGAAACAGACGUACCAGAGAGCUUUAAAAGCAGCGACUGACUUUGGAUAUGAAAAGGAAAGUCCUGAGGUUUUGGUGUAUGGAGCAGCCAUUGCUGCUUUUCUAACCGUUGCUCAAGGUAUGACUGACCAGGGAUGCGUGUAAAGGAAGAUAAGAACUGAGCUUCAGCUGCUUCCUGAUGAAUUUGCAGUUUGAACCAUAAUAGUGCGUAUUAUGGUAGUCUCUGCUUGCGCCUGUUGAUAAAUUGCUGGAGGGUUUAAAGGUUACUCUUCCACUCUCGAAGAAAGUGGAAGGACAUCAAGUAAUGACGAUGCAGCAAAUACUCCAGUACUAAAAUCCCAAAAUGUUGUAACAUACGUUUAACUGAUCAUUUUCGUGACUAUGAGCUUUAGGUAGAAUUAGGAUCUUGAAAAAUGAUCAGAUGGGUGAUGUUUCUCCCGUGAGUAUAGUAGAGAGCAUGCGUAUACAUCUGUUUACUUGAUGGGUAAAUGUGUACUUGUUGGGUAUUAGUUGCAUUAGUGCAGGAAAAAGAAACAUAUUGUAUGUAAUAUACUUGAAACAAAUCAAAGCUGAUGAAUGGAAAUUAGUUGAUCAUUUUUUCUCA